CAACAUUUUAUUGAAAUAACAAUUAUUGCUAUAGUUUUUAAACAUCAAAAUAAUUUGCAUUUACUGAUUAAUACCAACAAUCUUUAUACUUUAUUUAGAAAAUGACGACGACUGAAAGAAUAGUUCCUUCUCCAAAUACCCUUAUUAAAUAUGAUAAUCCAAUAUUGGUUUCGAAACACGAACCUAAAGCAGGUCCUUCUGGGGAUGAAGGCAAAAAGGCACCAUUGACUGCGGAUGUUAAAAGGGAAACUGAAGAAAUUCUAAAUACUAUAUUGCCUCCUAGAGAAUGGGAAGAAGAUGGACAAAUGUGGCGACAAUGCGUCUCUACAAAUCCAGCUACAAGACUAGAUGUAGUCAAUUUACAAGAACAACUUGAUAUGCGACUUCAACAAAGACAGGCACGAGAAACGGGUAUUUGUCCAGUAAGAAGAGAAUUAUACACUCAAUGUUUUGAUGAAAUUAUUAGACAAGUUACCAUCAACUGUGCAGAAAGAGGUCUAUUACUUUUAAGAGUAAGGGAUGAAAUGCGUAUGACUAUUGAGGCCUAUCAAGCUUUAUACUGUAGUAGUGUUGCAUUUGGUAUGAGAAAAGCUCUUCAAGCGGAACAAGGCAAAACAGACUUGUUCAACGAAGUAGAAAAUUUGAAGGAAGAAAAACAAGAUCUGGAACAACAAAUAACUGAACUCAAGCAAAAGGCAGAGCAAGCAGACAGGCGGGCAGCUGAAACUCGCCUGGCUGAAGAAAGAAAGCACACAGAAGAAAUUGCCUUUUUGAAGAAAACAAACCAGCAACUGAAGUUGCAACUGGAGGGCAUCUUAGCGCCUAAGAAGUAAGGUUAGAAAUAACAGUCAAGAAAAAAAAAUAUAUAUAUAUAUAUAUAGUCAUUUAUUAAAAACUUGAAAUUUUUUCCAAAGCACUUUGUAUAAUAUGUGUAUUAUAUUGUCCCUAUCGCUCGAAAAUCUGCGCAGCCCCUCGGAUAAUAAACAAAACAAUAAACUAAAUUGAUAAAAAUACCAAGAAGAAAUGGCAGCGCAGAGCCCUUAAAAAUAUAAUAAGCCUUGGAAAUGUUUUUAUACAUCAAUAAAUUUAUCGUAAUAAAAAUAUUUAAGAUCUAUAAAUAUUUUGUACAAUAAAAUAAUUUAGAGAAACAUACAUUAAAUAAAUUUAUUUUAACAAUAUUAAAAUACCCUUCCACCCUGGUGAAACAAUUCAUAAAAAAAAAUGAACAAGUUAAACGCGCAGUUGAUAUUACCAACAUUUACAAUAAAUCGACGGAUAUUCAGAGUUGGUUAAAAGUGUCAAACUUGUCUAUUCAUUAGGUAAAGAAAUGAUAUUUAUACAAAAAAUAAUAAUAAAAAAACUAAUGUUUUCCUUUCUUCGAUCGUUUUCUUCGUCUUCGUUUGUUAGUGGCGGCAUCUGUAGAUUCCAGACUUCUUUCUUGAUCGGUUGUGGGAGUGGGAGGUUCGGAAACAGAUUCGUCCUCAUCCUCCUCUUCUUUUUCGGUUAAGGAUUUAAUUUGAAGAUCCAAUUUAAGAUCUUCGGGUUUUGUUAGUUCCAGCGAUAUGAUUUUUUCUUGAAUUUGUUCCAC